AUGAUGCUACGACCUGGGAAAGACACCAAAGUAUUAAAUGAUCUCUUUGAAAACAAGAACUCAUUGCUGAUACCAAACGAGUUAACGUAUAAUUGCUGUCGUAACGCUGCAUGUAAGAUCUAUCGAUUAUGUCUUGUAAAUGGCGGAGAAGCAACUUACUGCCCUGGGGAAGAUACUUGGAGUAAAUGGAACCCCAGAUGGAGGGACGUUAGCGGUUGCAAUCAUGCUCUGAAUAUUUUGGCUUUCUUAUUACUCCUCGUGCAUUUUGCCGUUAACAGGUAUUCUUUCAAUAAUUAUUUACCCGAUACUAUGAAUGGUCGGAGAUCGGACUAA